AUGUUUCGUCGCAUAGCGUCACUGUUCAACAUGGCUCUGCCUAGGGUGAUGGCAGCCAUGGGUCUUGGCUCUAUUCCUAUGCAAACUUCCGUAUCUCUUGCUCCAAAACUUCUUUCUGCUGCCAAAGUCUCCACUCGCUUGCCUCUAUUCUUUGGCAAAACUUUGAAUCGCUGGCAACUAUAUGCUACUCGUGCUCCUGCUCGUUCGUUAUUCCAACUUCCAUUAAAUACCUUUCGAUUUUCGCUUGUGAAUUCCCUUCAUACUAACUCUUGGUUGGAAUCGUUGGACCCAAGACUUCGUCGUCAGGUUGUUUUGGAUGGUUUGCUGAGAUUCCAAUCAAGAACCCCUGUUGACGACUUGGCUGAUACAAUUGACCAUCAACCCAACAUAUCUGAACCUCCUGCUACUGCUGGAAACCAACAGGAUGUGUUCAUAACUAUGCAUUUGUAUGACCAUUCUACCAAACCAUCAUCCAUUACCCCUUCUUUGCAGUCUUUGUCCAUGAAUCACAUUCGGGAGAUUCAAACGGCUGCUGAUCGUCAUUACGAGCAUAUGCACAAGGUGUCUCUUACACUUCAGAGAUUGCUUGCUGCUGGUGCAUCUGAUGUGCGUGUCACUGAAUGCGAGAACGGCGGAUUAAACAUCAAGGUUGUUGUGCCUACUGUGCUAAUUGGUGGUGCAGAUGUAGAGGUAUGGCUGCGUGAGCAUGGAAUAGACCCAACAUGCACUCAUUUUAAGAUUGAACUGGAUACAACUCAGCAUAUUUCGUCUGAUGCUACUCAAUUGCCAUCUAGUGAUAUUGAAUCAUUUUUGAGUAUGCUCGAAGAGUUUAAAGAGUCUUCCAAUUCCAUGUUUGUUUCCAAACAGCCAUCAGAUAUUGUAUCUCAUCGCCAGACUCAGGAUCAACUUCUGUCCCAGUAUCAUGCAAUGAACUGUUUACUUUGA